AUCGUUCUGAUUCGUUGCUGUUGUCCGGUGGGCAUCUUCUCACCCAAGAACAGGUGCGUGUACCAAGAAGCUUCCUGUCCGGAUUGGCCAUCAAGGUCCGUGAGUCACAGAGAAGAACAGUCUGGGAACUAGGCAACCGCGUAGCGAACGCAACAAUUGCAAUUGCAACCAUAGAAAGCAGGUCGCCAUUGGAGUAACCGUCGGCGACACACUGGGAUGGAUCACUUCUUAUUGGAAACAGAACCCGACCACAGUGUGGCAGCAACGCAUGCAACAGCGUCCACUGCCGAUCGUAUCGAUCGCACGCUGGCAUCUCUUCGAAUAGGACCCGGCAUCGAAGAACCAGGGGGAAACGACGCCGGAGAUGCCGAUUCCUCUGAAUCUUUUUACACCUACCAAGCGGUAAGCACGACAACAAUACGUACUGUAUACUCCUAAUACUGCAUGGUAUGCUUCCGUCCCAUUCCUUUGUUUCCCCCUUUGUAUCGUUUCUCACUGUAUUGCCUUGCGUUGCGUUGCGUUGCAUUGCAUCGGUUUGUGUGUUCAUUGCUUCAUUGAUUGGUUCAUUGAUUGGUUCAUUGAUUGGUUCAUUGGUUCGUUCGCUCGUUGGUCGACCAUUGUCGGUAUCCCAUCCCAUCCCUUCAUUCCAACCUUUUCGCUCCGAAACAAAACCUAAUGAUUCAUUCGUCGUGUGUUGCGAUUCAUAAUCUGUUCAGUCGGACGUGGUUCGGCUCAUGCACCGCGCCCCGCGUGGGGUCGGACACACCAACCGGAUGGCAUCGUUGCUCGAAAGCGUGGGAAAGGGAAACACAAACGCAAACGCAAACGGAACACCUUCGUUUUCGCUUGCAAACAACGAUUACACGAACGGUCUGAGGCUGUUCGCGGGAUUCUUUGUUCUAGCUCCCUUUGUGAUAUGGGCAAUCGUGCUGAUAGCCUUCAAAUGCAAACAUUGUUACGACGUCUUUCGAGGAAAUAAUGCAGACAACAACCCCACAAACAACAACGCCAACAAAACAGGAAAACAAUCAUCGGCAACUCCGCCGACCACGAAAUCCUCUGAAUCACAAACGGCAAUAACAACCUCAAACAAAUCGGAAUCGGAAACCCGGAGCGAAAUCGAUGCCAAUUUUACCACCCCCUGGAUCGCCGGCGGCUCGGUCAUCGACAUGAUCAAGCUGAGCAAGGCUGGUGUCCAGCGGAAACACCGCAAGCGCCUCGUCUUGCAGUCCUGGAGGAUCCAGUCCCUCUUUCUAUCGGCAUCCAUUCUGAUCCCAAUCAUAAGCGUCGUAAUGAUGGAAUUCGGAUGGAAACCCCUCGAGGAGGCCGUUCGGGAACUCCAGGACCUCAACGGAGACGUCGAAACCCUUGCCUACCGCGGAUGGGACGCCAUGCAGCGGCUGGAAUCUUCCAAGCAGGAACUUUUUUCCGAAAACGAGCUGGUCCGAUCCGUGGUCGAGUAUUCCGACUCGAAGGCGAAGGGAUACGAACCGGAUCGGAAACCCCUGACCGACAUGAAUCGAGACGGCGGCGACACCUAUGGCAGCAACAACGACAAGAACAACAAUCGCAGCUUGCAGAACAAACCAUUCGCUGCGAAGCAAAAGCAGAAGCAGAAAGAAACGCAGACCGUGCCUCCCACACAACUCCCAGAGAUCCCGUCGGAUAUCUCUCCGUGGAGCGACAUGGUCACCUCAUCGCCAACCGAGCUACAGAUUGAGAUUUACAACCUUGAAGAUGCUCCGGUAGGAGGCGAUGCGUGGAAGGACAAAAGUGAGUACCUGUUGAAGACCAUGGAAAAAGGGAAAGCCCUACCGCCAACCACACCGCAGAACAAUGGCGUCGUGGACAACAGCAGCAGAGAAGAAGAAGAAGAAGAAAUCAACAAUGAAUCUGUGCUCUUGCUCGACGAUUUCUUCCUUUCCGAGCCCGCUUCGUCAACAUUAUCAACACAAUCAUUGCCCUCUUCCUCUGCUCUUCCAGUGGUUGAUACUCCGCAGCUCAAGGGUGGAGGCUUGAUCGAAGAGUGGUGCCCCGAUGCCCCGCGUUACAUUGGUGAAGAGGAAAUGGCGUUCUGGGCCUCUUCGAUCGAUAGCUUGAGCCAGAACACAGAAACCAUAGAUCGGAUCUUCAAUUCCCUCGAAACCUCCUUUCCGUACACCGAAGAAAACAAAGAAACGCCGUCGUCUUCGCGUUCUGAUAACGGAGACAAUCCGGAAAAGCAAACUCACGGCUCUUCGGCAUUUCGAUGGGUGAUCGAGGCUACGAACGCCGUCAACGAGGCAAUCGAGUGGUUUUUCGCGAACGAUUGGCUCCUCAAAUUGCUUGUGGUUGUGCUGAACGUUGUCAACGGAUUGCUCCUGGCGAACGUUUAUUUCGUCAGCAAAAACAACAUCAUCCACGCACCGACACGGUGCUACGUAGCUUAUUUUUUGGUUCCCCUCUUUGCCGUUGCGGCCGUCCUGGUUCUGGUCGUUGCGGUUGCUACCAGUGUGGCGGUCUUGGUCAGCGCAGACUUUUGUUCGGGUGGAACGAGCGGGAGUGGCAGUCCCCAGGGGACCAUGGAAGACUUUGUCUCGACGCUUCAGCAUCGCCUGAAUCAAAAUAUCGAGGGUGGCCCGAAUGAUCCCCUCGAUCUCUUGUACGAUUCGGUCGAUUACUUUUGGACGGUACGUGGGACGCAGCAUCGUGUGCGGGAGUCCAUCAGAGUGUGCUUUUUGGCUCCCCUUUUCUAAUUACUCUUGUAUGGAAAUCUAUUCUCAAUGGUCCUGUAUUAUUGUUUGCUCGCAUCGAAUUCACAGGGGUGUCUCUCGGAAAAUCCCUUGCAGUUUCUGGACGAUUUUUCGAACGACGUAGACGCCGCUGCCGCAAAACUCAAUCAAAUCACAAUGUUGCUGCCGGAUACGGGUGUUGCUACGGUUACCGCCAGCAGCUCUGCGUUGCAACCAGAACUAAUAGCCGAAGGCAACCAAACGGAUGCCAACUCUGGCUCCUACAUCAAUCCAUUUGCCUCCGCCACUCUAGAACGAUUGAACAAGGCUUGCGAUCGUGACAUGUCCUUUUUGCCCCCGGCCAUCAGUGAUCUCGACCACCACGUCGACGGGAUCAAAACAAACAUCCACAAACUUUCCGAUAUCAUGAGUUGUGGCCAGGUCAGCCCGCUCCUCCUCACGGUUUCUCAGGGUGCGAUGUGUGUCGAAUUGCCACACGGUUUGACGGUACUGUGGGGUUGCUCGUUCGGGAUUGUCGCAUUGUGCUUUGCACUGCUCACGGUUCGAGCGGCCCUCUACAACUCGGUAAAAUACAAGAAGCGGCGACCGACAAAACCACGCCGCGUGGUGGAAAAAGAGUUCAAGGAAUACAAAGAAUACAUGAGACAAUACUACGGAGAACAAACCACCGAGAAAUGGAACAUUGAUGGCGAGUCUCUUCCUCCCACAAAGCUUGAGUUCGACUUUGACAUCGAGAUGGAGAGCACGUUCGACAGCUCCUCGCCGAUCAGUGGAACCCUUUCCAACAGCAAUCUAGAGGGUAGCUCCGAAAUCGGCGGCUUUCACGAACAAAACAAUGCUGACGAUGGCGACUCGUCCUAUGGUUCCUCGUACGAUUCGGAAAUAUCGGACGACGAAAACUCCAUCGAUAGCGAUCAGGAACAAGGCAGUGCGAUUGGAUCGCUUCUGUCCGACACGAGAUCCAUCGCUAUGCAGACAAUGCAUUCCCUGCGGAAUGUCACGUCGUUGCUGUCGUCCACCGUGAAGAAGAACACUUCUCGGCUCCGUGACUAUAGCAUUCGAAGCCCCCAGCACCAAGGAAGCGUUGGCAGCAACUGUUACGACGGGUUUGGGGCAAGCCCCGCAGCCAAAGGUAUGGGCGCGGACAGCAACGUUGCUCCGGUCGUUGUCGUCCCGGAAGACGAUUCGAUCACGGAGGACAGUCUGUACCUGCCUACCCCGGUAUCCGAUUGCGUCAUCGAUCCAGAGAUGACGUCUCCGUGUCACAAUCGAAGGGACCAAACACACGAGACGACCAAUUUGUUGCGGUUCGAUGAUAGCUACUCGGACGAGGAGGGGACGAACGAAGAGGAGGAGGAACUACAGAUACGCAGUGCCAUACGGCUCGCAUCCGACCGAUUGAAGCAGGCGCUAACUCCAUCCAACCUUAUAUCCACGCUCUCUCCCUCGGCACCCCGUAAAUCAUUCCCUUUUAUGGCUCGAACAUUGUACAACAAUCUGGAAGGAGGAAGGAGCAAAACCACCAACAGAAACAGCACCGAUGACGAAGAAUUCACUGCGCUGGUCCAACCAAUGCAGUUGGCGAAUCUCACGCCGUUUCGAGACCAACGAAAACAUCAAGGCUCGUGAGGUCCGGUAUCGGGCUGAUCGAGGAGCGAAGAAGAUCCCACCGAGUCGUAGACAGUGGGGACAUGACGGCGGAUCAAGUGGUGGCGGUAUGUCUUCUGCGUUCGAAGCGAGGAAAUCCACCGAGGGAACCAAUGCGUGUCAUAGAUCGGCAUUCGCAUAACGUUUUCUCGAUGACAGACAGUUUAUUUUAGUUUGCAUACAAUAGAACAUACAUCCAAGAACAGAGUGAAAAGAUUAAAAUACAGAAAUUACACUAUCAAUUGCUUCGAUAUCAACCGACUCCGGCAGACCCGAAAGAGCAUGCUGCGCAGUCGUCGGUAGCAUUGUACAACUGAAUCGUGGUGCCCGUGGCAUCGAUCCGAUUAGCCUGUCAUCCGCGAAUCCCAAUGCUUCUUCGUUCGAUGAAUUUGUAGGGUUCUCUGAUUGUACGAUUAUUGGUAGUUUCCAUUCGUACGUAACUCCAUUGAAUAUUAUGCUGCAAUAUUCAGUGGACUGAUGGAAACUUCUGAUGGUACAUAAUCGAUGGCACUAGUAUGACCAUUUUAUCAGUACAAGGUCACGAGCUUCCAUUGGUGCGGUGGACUGAUAGAAAUUCUGAUAGUAUGAAAGAUUAGUAAUGCUUUUUCAUUAUAAUGUCAGAAGCAUCCAAUGGUUUGUGCCCAACUCUCGCUGAAGAUCAAUAGUAAUACUCGCUCAUUACUUUAUCCAUCGAUGGACUAAUAGAAACUUCUGAUGGUA